UUUAAAGCGAGUCCAAAAGAAAAGCUGGGCCGGUUAUCAUUCCGAACCCCAAAGUGAGUUGUCAUUAUCUGAGACCUGCCACACUCUUGACUAGUAGUACAGGACGACGAAGAGCAUUCUAAUUCUUGCUCACCUUCUACAAAUCAUCGCAUCCUUCAAAUCGAUCUACUUUGCUCUUUCAGAACAACAACGUUUGGAGUUGUCAUCAUGGUGAGGAAGAGGAGAACCGAGCUUCCAAGUGCAGGAGAGAGUUCCGAGUCUCAGGCUGUGCAAGGGACGGCUGCCCAACGUCCACCAGCACAACAGCAACAGCAGCCGCAGCAGCAGCAGGGUGGACGGGGCCGAGGUGGUCAAGGACCACAGGGUGGAAGAGGGUGGGCUCCAAGGGGUGGACCGCGUCCACAGGGUGGGCCACUGGAUCAACCACCGCAAGGGAGAGGGUCGACUCCUAGAGGAACUGCACCGUCUCCGCAAGGUGGGCCUGUGUAUGCUGGUGGACCUUCAAUGACACAGGGUGGGCCACUGGAUCAACCACAGCAAGGGAGAGGGUCGACUCCUAGAGGAACUGCACCGUCUCCGCGAGGUGGGCCUGUGUAUGCUGGUGGACCUUCAAUGACACCAACUCCCGAGCUGCACCAAGCUACACAGGCUCCCCACCCUUCUGAAGUGGGCUCAUCUAGCACCCUACAUGAGGAAAUGGCUCAGCUCUCUGUUCAGAAAGACGAGCCCCCUGUUCAAGCUGCACCUGCUUCUAGCAAAUCACUGAGAUUUCCUUUACGCCCAGGAAAAGGUAGCUUCGGAACAAGGUGCAUUGUUAAGGCCAAUCAUUUUUUUGCUCAACUGCCUGACAAGGAUUUACACCAGUAUGAUGUUACUAUUACCCCUGAAGUGACCUCUCGUGGUGUAAAUCGAGCUGUGAUAGCACAGCUGGUCAAGCUUUAUAAGGUUUCUCAUCUUGGGAAGCGGCUUCCUGCAUAUGAUGGAAGAAAGAGUCUGUAUACAGCUGGCCCUCUCCCUUUUGUCUCAAAAGACUUUAAAAUUACCCUACUUGAUGAAGAUGAUGGGUCAGGUGGCCCCAGGAGAGAGAGGGAGUUCAAAGUUGCAAUCAAGUUGGCUUCACGUGCUGACUUGCAUCACCUAGGAUUGUUUUUGCAGGGAAGGCAAGCUGAUGCUCCACAAGAAGCACUUCAGGUGCUGGAUAUUGUCCUUCGCGAGUUGCCCACUAGCCGGUACACACCCGUGGGCCGAUCGUUCUAUGACCCUCAUCUGGGGCAAAGGCAACCGUUGGGUGACGGGCUGGAAAGUUGGCGUGGCUUCUAUCAGAGCAUACGCCCUACUCAGAUGGGGCUGUCCCUCAAUAUUGAUAUGUCCUCAACUGCCUUCAUUGAGCCCCUGCCUGUAAUUGACUUUGUAACCCAGCUUCUGAACAGGGACGUCUCAGCAAGACCGUUAUCUGAUUCUGAUCGGGUUAAGAUUAAAAAAGCACUAAGAGGAGUCAAGGUUGAAGUUACGCACCGUGGUAACAUGCGUAGGAAGUAUCGCAUAUCUGGGUUAACUGCUCAGGCAACACGAGAACUCAAUUUUCCAGUGGAUGAAAGAGGUACAAUGAAAUCUGUGGUGGAGUACUUCCGCGAGACAUAUGGUUUCGCUAUCCAACACGUACAAUGGCCAUGCCUGCAAGUGGGAAAUACUCAGAGACCGAACUAUUUGCCUAUGGAGGUGUGCAAGAUUGUUGAGGGUCAAAGGUACUCAAAGAGGCUGAAUGAGAGACAAAUUACGGCCCUACUGAAAGUCACCUGCCAGCGUCCUCAGGAUAGAGAGAGGGACAUCCUAAAGACAGUGACUCACAAUAAUUAUGAUAAUGAUGACUAUGCAAAGGAGUUUGGGAUUAAAAUUAGUAGGAACUUGGCCUCUGUUGAAGCUAGGAUACUGCCUCCACCUUGGCUCAAGUACCAUGACACGGGCCGUGAGAAGGACUGUUUGCCUCAAGUAGGUCAAUGGAAUAUGAUGAAUAAGAAAAUGGUUAAUGGGGGGAGAGUUGCCAGCUGGAUAUGCAUAAAUUUCGCCCGCAAUGUGCAAGAUAAUACUGCUCAUACGUUCUGCAAAGAGCUUGCCCAAAUGUGUACUAUUUCUGGCAUGGCAUUUAAUCCAGAUCCCGUGCUUCCAGCACUUAGUGGUCGUCCUGAACACGUGGAGAGGGUGUUGAAAGGUCGUUUCCAUGAUGCCAUGACUAAGCUUCAACCUCAAAAAAGGGAGCUUGAUUUGCUCAUAGUCAUUCUCCCAGACAACAAUGGCUCGCUUUAUGGUGAUCUGAAACGAAUCUGUGAGACCGAACUUGGGAUUGUUUCUCAGUGUUGUCUGACAAAACAUGUGUUUAAGAUGAGUAAGCAGUACCUGGCAAACGUUGCUUUGAAGAUUAAUGUGAAGGUUGGAGGAAGGAACACGGUCCUUCGUGAUGCAAUCUCAAGGAGAAUCCCUAACGUCAGCGAUGUUCCUACUAUCAUCUUUGGGGCUGAUGUUACACAUCCCCACCCGGGGGAAGAUUCAAGCCCCUCAAUUGCAGCUGUUGUUGCUUCUCAGGAUUGGCCUGAGAUAACAAAGUAUGCUGGAUUGGUUUGUGCACAAGCCCACCGCCAAGAACUUAUCCAAGAUCUAUUCAAGGAAUGGCAAGACCCAAACAAAGGCAAAAUGUCUGGCGGCAUGAUCAAGGAGCUCCUCAUAUCUUUCCAUAGAGCAACUGGGCAAAAGCCACAACGAAUUAUUUUCUAUAGGGAUGGGGUGAGUGAAGGCCAGUUUUAUCAAGUUCUACUUUAUGAGCUUGAUGCGAUUCGUAAGGCAUGUGCAUCACUGGAGCCAAAUUAUCAGCCUCCGGUAACAUUUGUGGUGGUGCAAAAACGUCAUCACACCAGGUUAUUUGCCAACAGCCAUCAAGAUCGCAAUUCUACUGACAGGAGCGGAAAUAUUCUGCCAGGCACGGUUGUGGAUUCCAAGAUAUGUCAUCCUACAGAGUUUGAUUUCUACCUGUGCAGCCAUGCUGGCAUUCAAGGUACUAGCCGCCCAGCCCAUUACCAUGUGCUCUGGGAUGAGAACAAGUUUCAAGCUGAUGCUCUACAGACGCUAACAAAUAAUCUCUGCUACACAUAUGCAAGGUGCACACGUUCUGUCUCCAUUGUACCACCGGCCUACUAUGCUCAUCUCGCUGCCUUUCGAGCGCGCUUUUACAUGGAGGCGGACACAUCAGACAGUGGUUCUAUGACUAGUGGUCGUGGGAUGCAGCAGGGCGGAAGGACCACACGUGUGCCAGGGUCUAAUGCUGCGGUUAGACCACUCCCUGCCCUCAAGCCGAAUGUCAAGCGUGUUAUGUUUUACUGUUAAAAUUUCAUCUCCCUAGACCCUAAUGCUGCGUUAAAAUAACAUCACACCCUCUCUAGGCUCUACAAAUAGCUUUUGCUAUAAGUGGGAUUCUAUUGGGUUUGUUUGCUUUGCUUUGUUACCCUACUUGUGUGUGCACUCUGUUUUCAAACUUUAAACCUCUGAAUCUUCUUGUUUGAUGACUAUCUUGUGGUUUAUUAAUGUCUCUUUGUGUUUUUA